GGCGGGGCCCGGAGGAGGGGCCGCGGGGCGGGGCGCCGGUCUCACCUGACCGGGUUGUGCUCCGUAGCUACCGGCUCCGGGCUGUCCUGGGACUCGGGGGCGGCGGCAAGGCCAGGGGAGUCUCCGGCCUCAAUGGGGAAUCUGCGACCCUGCGGGGGCUCCUGGGCACUCAUGUCCAGGCCCCGCGGCGCUCUGCGCGGGGAGUGGUGGUCAGGCCGCUCUCGGGCCUCCGGGCGUCCCCUGCCCGCGCCCGCCCCCCUGGCCGUUGCUCACCUGCCGGAGGCCGAGACCGAGGCCGGUCCCAGGCUGGAAGCAGCUGCCCGAGCCCUGGCCGCGGGAGGACGCUCCGGUCCAGGGGGAGCCGGGCAGGUGUCUGCGGCGCACUCGAGGCCGGGCGUCGAGGGGGAGGGCUGCAUUGUGACCCGGGCCGUGGCGUGCUGACCUCACAGAGCCUGUUCCUCCCGCCAGAGAAUCCCCUGUCGCCCCGGGCCGCCCAGGCACUUAGCUCCGGCCCAAGCGGGGACUAGAGGAUCAUGGUGUUUGGAGAACGGGUCGCACAGCCCCUUGGCAGCCGGAUGGGGGCGCAGGCAGCAAGGGCUACCUACCGGCGGGCAGCCACCACGCGGAGCAGCUGGGCAUCCCGGCCCAUCCACACGCCCCGGCGCCCUCCCCGACCAGGCUGCUACUCACUGAGUGGCAUGCGGGCGAGGGUGGCGGCGGCGACUUAACCGGUGCUGGGUUUGGUGUUGGUGGUGAGGGUAGGUAGGGCCACUGCCCAUUUUGGCCAAGGGUCACACAGCAUUUACAUCACAAUUGGUCCGUAGUUUAAAAAUGUCUGACCCUCUCCCUCCCCACCACCCGCGGCUGUGUCCAGACGGAGAAUGUUCUAGCGCUGGGGGCGGCUGUGGAUGAAGUCCUUGGGGGGAAAAGGAGCAGGCCAAGGGCGAUGGUGGAGUAGAGCUGCCUCGCGGAGGCAGCAUGAGCUGAGAGGGUGAUAGGAAGGAAGGAGGCGCUAGACAGCAUGGAGGACUUUCUGCUCUCCAAUGGGUACCAGCUGGGCAAGACCAUUGGGGAAGGGACCUACUCAAAAGUCAAAGAAGCAUUUUCCAAAAAACACCAAAGAAAAGUGGCAAUUAAAAUUAUAGACAAGAUGGGAGGGCCAGAAGAGUUUAUCCAGAGAUUCCUGCCUCGGGAGCUCCAGAUUGUCCGAACCCUGGACCACAAGAACAUCAUCCGGGUGUAUGAGAUGCUGGAGUCUGCAGAUGGGAAAAUCUACCUGGUGAUGGAACUGGCUGAGGGAGGGGAUGUCUUUGACUGCGUGCUGAAUGGGGGGCCACUGCCCGAGAGCCGGGCCAAGGCCCUCUUCCGCCAGAUGGUCGAGGCCAUCCGCUACUGCCAUGGCUGUGGCGUGGCCCACCGGGAUCUCAAAUGUGAGAACGCCUUGUUGCAGGGCUUCAACCUCAAGCUGACCGACUUUGGCUUCGCCAAGGUAUUACCCAAGUCACGCCGGGAGCUGAGCCAGACCUUCUGCGGCAGCACAGCCUAUGCCGCCCCUGAGGUGCUGCAGGGUAUUCCCCACGACAGCAAGAAGGGUGACAUCUGGAGCAUGGGCGUGGUCCUCUACGUCAUGCUCUGUGCCAGCCUACCUUUUGAUGACACAGACAUCCCCAAGAUGCUGUGGCAGCAGCAGAAGGGGGUGUCCUUCCCCACUCAUCUGGGCAUCUCUACCGAAUGCCAGGACCUGCUCAAGCGGCUCCUGGAACCAGACAUGAUCCUCCGGCCUUCAAUCGAAGAAGUUAGUUGGCACCCAUGGCUAGCAAGCACUUGAUAAAAGCAAUGGCAAGUCCUCCCCAAUAAAGUAGGGGGAGAAAGCAAACCCAAAACCCGCUUCCAAAAUGGUAUAUAUAUUUUACACUUUGUUUAGUUAUCCUAAAGCUUAUCUACAUCCUCCCUAGACAUUCCUUCUAAGGGGCCAUGGAACUAAGGGCCUCGUUCCCUUUUGUUAUGGCUGACAAAUGAUUUUCAUACAGGUGUUUAAAGCUAAUUAAAUUAGGCCCCAGAGUCAUCUACACACAGGGGGAGGAGAGGGGAAAAAAAUGACCAAGAGUGAUUGGAACCACUGUU